CCUUGUCUUGUGUUUCCCACGGGCAGUACUUUAGCCCCUAUGUGUCAGCAGACAUGAACAAAAUGGCCGUGUCCUUUAAUACCACAGUGGCAGCUCUGGAGGAUGAACUGACCCAGCUGAUCCUGGAGGGCCUGAUCAAUGGCCGGAUCGACUCCCACAGCAAGAUCUUGUAUGCCAGGGACGUGGAUCAGAGAAGCACAACCUUUGAGAAGUCUCUACAGAUGGGCAAAGAGUUCCAGAGACGAGCGAAAGCCAUGAUCCUGCGGGCAGCUGUGCUUCGUAAUCAGAUUUCACGUCAAGGUAACAGGGUCCCCAGGGUAAUGUGUCCUCGCUCUGCUCUUCACCUCACCAUCACCUGACCAUCAGCAUGAGUGUCUCCGAGCCCCUCUCUGUUUCUGAGUCCCAGUCAAAGCAUUGCAUUUAUUAAAGCAGUAACACAUCUGAGGAUGCCGUGAGAUGAAGCUGUGUUCUUCACACUCAUGUAAAGUUGCCUUCGCUGUGUAACUGCACUUAAAAGCAAACUGCAUGUGAGCUUUGUUGUACUAAGUGAAUGUUAAAUUAAUGUUCUCAGUUCAUUUGAGGCUAAUCUCAAUUGACAGCACUUGUCUCUCAUUUUCUUUGAAAAAAGUAAAAUAAUUUGGGUCACAGUGAGACACUUGCAAAGGAAAUGAACGAGGCCAAUCCGAAACAAUGUUUAAGUACUUGCUGUUUUAGCAGUGUAACCAAAAGAAGUAGACUAUAUCUGUCUAUGUGAAAUUACAUUUGUAAAAAAAAAUAAUGUGGGGUCAGUAAGAGGAUUGUGCUUUUCUUUUGAACUUUCUGUCCACCAGAGAAUCCUAAAAAAAAGAUGCUGAAAAUUCAGCGUUGACAUUAGAAGAAUAAAUUAUUAAAUAAAAUAUAUAAAAAAAUUAUUGUAAAUGAUGUAUUGAUAUGAUACUGUUAAUGUUGCCAUGAAUAUAGCCGAUGUUUCUGAUAUGGCAAAUAAAUGUUAACAUUUGAAACAGUGAAGUUGUAAUAAUGUUUGACAGUAUUACUAUUUUUACAGUAUUUUUGAUCAAAUAAAUGCAGACGACAUUUAAAACAUUAAAAUACUCACCCUAAAUGUUUGAAUGGUAGUGUAAAUACAAUUUUACAAUUGUUGCAAAGACAGCUCAGCUUAAACCCUAAAAUGACUAUAAAUAUCAAGGGAACAACUUUAGAGCUAAAACAAUAAACAAAUGUUUAUAGAAGAAUUAAUGUCAGUGCUUUUAAAAAUAAGCUAUGGAUUAGCCCCAUUUGCUUCCAUUGUAAGUGCCUCUCCAGAACCUCAAAUCGUGCAUUAUUUUUCUUUAUUUAGUCUUUUUUUUAAACUAACAUUAAGCCACAAAAGCUGUCGAUUGAGCUUAAUUUGUAUUGAACCUGGAAUUUUGUAUUAAAUCCAUCCUCUAGCUUAUUGCAUGUAUGCAAUCAACUAGAUGCAGGUUACUUUAAUAUAUUUGGGGAAAAAAACGUAAGCUCUGAGAUCUUGUGAGCUUCAGUUCCCUGAGAAAGAGCUAUAAGUAUACCCUUCAUCUC